AGUUGACCCAGUCUCUGACUGUGAGAGCAAGCAGCCAGAACCUGAGGGAAGCAGACUCCUUCGUUCCAGGGGACCUAGUGCUAACUAAAGCCUACAGCCAUGGCCUGGAACCUAAAGGUGAAGAUGCUGGGGGGUGAUGAGUUCCUGGUGUCUCUGACUAACUCCAUGAUGCUGUCAGAACUGAAGAAGCAGAUUGCCCAGAAGAUUGGUGUGCCAGCUUUCCAGCAGCGCCUGGCCCACCUAAGUGGUGAAGUGCUACAGGAUGGUAUUACCCUUUCCAGGCUGGGGCUGGGUCCUGACAGCACAGUCAUGCUGAUGGUACAGAACUGCAUGGAUCCUCUGAACAUCUUGGUGAGGAAUGCAAGGGGCCAUAGCAGUAUCUACAAGGUCCAGCUGACACAAACUGUAGAAGCGCUUAAGAGGCAGGUGUCCCAGCAGGAGCAAGUCCAUGAAGACCAAUUCUGGCUGAGCUUCGAGGGAAGGCCCAUGGAGGACAAAGAGCCACUGGGGGAGUAUGGCCUAAAGCCUCAGUGUACAGUCAUCAUGAAUUUGCGUCUGAGGGGGGGAGGGGACUACUAUGCCUAAGGCCCCUAUCCACAGCCAACAUUGGUUAUAAAAGAUGAUGCAAUAAAAAGUUCUGCCUCCUG